UGUUUAUCAUUUGGAUAAUAUCGUUAUUAUUUCCAUUAUAACUCACAUAGUAAUUCUGUAACCAUUAUUCUGUUGCACAAAGAGCUCGUUUCGGAAUGUUUGUGGGAAGUCGAUUCAUUUUAAUUUCAGUUUUGGAUUUCAUUUUGAUUUCUGUUGCAAAAUGUGAAAGUCAUAAUGAGAGUCCAAUAACCUCAGUGGUACGCAAAGGGCUGGUGGCGACGGCGCGCGGCUGCUCGGCGCAGGUGGGCGCCGCCGACAGCGACCUCGAGCACCUCCGCGGAGACCCGCCGUUCCCGGAGAAGGCCGCUUGCGUCGUCAAGUGUCUCUUGAACAAGAUUGGCAUUGUUAAAAACGACAAGUACUCAAAAUCUGGAUUCCUGACCUUGAUUACACCUCUCGUGAUGGCGAACAAGAAGAAGCUGGAACACAUGAAGUCAGUCGCUGACAACUGUGACCAAGAGGUGAACCACAAGGAAGCUACGCCGUGCCAGCUGGGGAACGAGAUCACCGCCUGCAUCUUCAAAUACGCACCCGAACUACAUUUCAACAAGAGAGUAAAUUAAACAUUACCUUUAC